CUGCACUUCGAAAUGAAAGUAUGAGUUCCUGUGUGGGUUUGCGCUUGCGCAAUUCCAUUUUACGCACAUGGAUCCACUGAAUGUCAACUUUGUUCUAUGUCCAUGUUUUGUUUUAUAACAUAAGAAAAUGACGAUCCUUAAAAGAUUUUCAAGUGUUUUACACCUUUCAUUUAAAAAUGGUAUCAUGUUACAAAAGUUCACUCCAUGUGCAGCCUGUACAGUUAAGACUUACUCAACACGGAAAAUGGGGGAUGUAACCUUGGAUUCUUCAAUGAUUAGAAACAUUGGAAUCUCAGCACACAUAGAUUCUGGUAAAACCACCCUCACAGAACGCCUUCUUUACUACACUGGGAAACUUGCAGAAAUGCACGAAGUUCGAGGUAAAGAUAAUGUAGGAGCAAAAAUGGACUUCAUGGAAUUGGAACGACAGCGAGGAAUCACUAUUCAAUCAGCGGCAACUUAUGUAAACUGGAAAGGUACAAACAUUAACAUUAUUGACACGCCUGGACAUGUGGAUUUCACGGUAGAGGUGGAGCGUGCUCUCCGUGUUCUCGAUGGUGCUGUGCUUGUGCUUUGUGCAGUUGGAGGAGUGCAAAGUCAGUCCAUUACUGUGAACAGACAGAUGAAGAGGUACAAUGUACCAUGCUUGGCCUUCAUCAAUAAACUGGAUAGAAUGGGAUCCAAUCCUGUCAGAGUCUUAACACAGCUGAAGUCCAAACUGAAUCACAAUGCCGAGUUCAUACAGUUACCUAUAGGACUGGAAAAAGAUCAAGAGGGAAUCGUAGAUCUCAUUGAAAUGAAGGCCUUGUAUUUUGGAGAGCCUUCUGGCCUAAACAUUAUUGAAGAUGAAAUCCCAGCUCAUUUAAGAACGGAAGCCAAAGAGAGAAGACAAAGACUAAUAGAGGCAGUGUGUAAUGUUGAUGAUGUAUUGGGGGAAAUGUUCCUUGAAGAGAAAGAACCCACUAAUGAUGAUAUCAAGGCAGCUAUCCGGAGGUCUUGUAUUAAGCGGGCUUUCACCCCAGUGUUCAUGGGCACAGCUCUGAAAAACAAGGGGAUACAGCCAUUAUUAGAUGGGGUGAUAGACUACCUGCCUACCCCCACAGAAGUCCAGAACGAGUGUCUGAACAACGCAGAAUUGGAUGAAAAUGGGAGUCCUUCAAAAAUAAUUCUCAGCUCAGAACGAACAACAGAUAAACCGUUUGUUGGACUGGCUUUCAAACUAGAGGCUGGGAAGUUUGGUCAGCUAACUUAUAUGAGAGUUUACCAGGGGGGAAUGAAGAAAGGGGACACUAUCAUCAACACCAGGAACAACAAAAAAGUACGGGUGUCCAGACUGGUUCGAAUGAACGCAGACGAAAUGGAGGACAUAACAGAAGCCUAUGCGGGGGACAUCUGUGCAUUGUUUGGAGUGGACUGUGCUGGGGGAGAUACUUUUGUCAACAAAGGCAGCACACAACUCUCAUUGGAAUCCAUGUACGUGCCGGACCCUGUAAUAUCCAUGUCCAUCAAACUAGCUAACAAACAAGACCAAGAAAACUUUUCUAAAGGGAUCUCAAGAUUUACGAAGGAGGAUCCCACAUUUAAAGUGGCAUUUGACCCAGAGUUGGGAGAAACCAUUGCAACUGGGAUGGGAGAGUUACACCUGGAUAUUUAUGCUCAGAGACUUGAAAGAGAGUACAAAACAAAGUGCAUUCUGGGAAAACCUAAGGUUUCAUUCAGAGAAACACUCUUGCAACCUUGCGAGUUUGAUUAUUGGCAUAAAAAGCAAUCAGGUGGCAGAGGAGAAUAUGCCCGUGUUAUUGGUACAGUCGAGCCUUUACCUCCAGAUGAAAACACAAAACUGGUAUUUAAGGACUACACGACAGGAACAAAUAUUCCAAAAAGCUACAUCCCAGCCAUUGAAAGGGGUUUCAGAAAGUGUUAUGAAAAAGGACCUUUAGCGGAACAAAAAGUAUCUGGAGUUCUAAUCAAGUUAAAAGAUGGUGAUGCCCAUGCUGUUGACAGUAGUGACUGGGCAUUUGAACAAGCUGCGGUUCAAGCAGGCCUGGACACCUACACUUACGACUGGGCCAUGUUGGAGCCAAUCAUGACGGUAGAAGUUAACGCCCCUCAGGAGUACCAAGGUUCUGUCUUAGCAGGACUUACCAAAAGGAAUGCUAUAUUUCUGGGGACUGAUUCUAAUGAAGGAUACUUCACCUCCUAUUGUGAGGUACCACUCAACAUGAUGUUUGGCUAUUCCACGGAAUUGCGAACGAUGACCCAGGGACAGGGAGAGUUUACCAUGGAGUACAGCAAAUACUGCCCCGCGGCCGAGGACACCGUCAGACUGCUCACGGAGAGUCUGGAACAGGAGGCCAACAAAGGAACACAAGAGAAAAAGAGAAAGAAAAAUUAAUAACUGUUUUCAUAGGCCUUUUAUGUUUAUAAAUUAUUUAUGUGAACUUUUUGUGUGAAAGUUGCGAUAUCGAAUGUGUGCCUGAAUGAAAGCAAAUGAAAAUGAGGUUGUUGAGUUUGAGAACAUGAGGGAGUUAUACUUGCAAUAAAAUGGAAAAGUCA